UAAACCAUUAACCAUCCUUGUUUAAAAACCCCCAAAGCCAUAUCAUACUAGCCUACCAUUUCAUCUCUUCUCAAAACAUACAUAGAUAGAUACACAUAAUAUAGAAGCAGUGUGGGUUUUGGGUGGUUGUGAGAUACAUAGAAUUGUAUAAAGACACAGAAGAUCGGAGAAAGAUAGGUCGCCGUAGUAGUGAUCCAGAGCGGGGGGGUGUUGGGGGGUGGGGCGUGGGGCUAAGUUAUGCGAACGGGAGCUUGCGCGGCGGUGCAACAGACCCUCACCACAGAGGCUGCUUCAGUGCUGAAGCACUCUCUAAGCUUAGCGAGGAGACGGGGCCAUGCACAAAUCACCCCUCUCCACGUGGCGGCUACCCUUUUGAGCUCUAGAUUUAGCCUUCUCAAACGGGCCUGCCUCAAAUCCCAGCCCUCGUCCUGCUCCUCCUCCUCCUCCCACCCGCUUCAGUGCCGAGCUCUAGAGCUCUGCUUCAAUGUGGCACUCAACCGCCUCCCGGCCUCCCCGGCCCCGCUCCUCCACGGCCAGCCCUCGCUGUCCAAUGCGCUGGUGGCCGCCCUCAAGCGGGCGCAGGCCCACCAGCGUAGGGGCUGUAUCGAGCAGCAGCAGCAACAGCAGCAGCAGCCGCAUUGGGUCAUCAAGGUGGAGGUCGAGCAGCUGGUGUUGUCCAUAUUGGAUGACCCUAGUGUGAGCCGAGUGAUGAGAGAAGCCGGGUUCUCUAGCACGGCCGUGAAAGCCACCCUGGAGGAGCUCUCCUCCUCCGUCUCCUCCGUUUUCCAGGCCUACAAUAGCUCCGGCGGCGGAAUCUACUCCACCCCGAGCUCCCCGCCGACCCAAAUCUAUAAAUUCCCCGAAGAAGACUUAAACGUCGUCAACGCCGUGGUCCACGUCCUGCUCGGCGGCCCGCGGAGAAACGUCGUCAUAGUCGCCGACUCCCCGGCCGCCACGCACGGAGUCUUCAAUGACCUGAUGGGGAAGGUGGAGCGGGGGCAGGUCCCGGAGGAGCUCAAAUCCGCUCACUUCAUCAAAUUCCAAUUCUCCACCGCCCCGCUGGCGCUGAUGAGGAGGGAGGAGGUGGAGACCAACAUGGCGGAGCUGAAGAGGAAAGUUGAAUCACUUGCCGGCGGGAGGGGAGUGAUUAUCUACACUGGGGAUCUCAAGUGGACGGUGGACAACACCGUAGCCUCUACCUGUGCGUACAACCCGGUAGACCACCUGGUUGCCGAGAUUGGGAGAUUGCUUUCUUCGUGUACUAAGGUUUGGUUGGUCGGGACCGCAAAUUUUCAAACCUAUAUCAAGUGUCAAAUGAGACAACCUCCUCUUGAUCUUCUCUGGGCUCUUCAACCUGUUUCUGUUCCCUCCGGCUCCGGUGGUCUAUCUCUCAGCCUCAAUGCUACCACCUGCUUCCAAGAUUUAAAGAUGGCAAUACCACAAAACCAAUCAAACAAGAAGGAAGAAGAAGUUGUGCUCACAUGUUGCCCAGAAUGCACCUCCAACUAUGCAAGAGAAGCUGGAUUAAACCAAAAAAGUUUUGAAACCAAAGGGGGCUCAGACAAGCCUUUAGCCCAGUUGCCUGAUUGGCUCAUCCCACAGGCUCCUCACCAAAAGGACGAAUGGGGUGAACUGAGGAGGAAAUGGAACAGGAUAUGCGAGAGUCUUCACCAUCAAACCAGAAACUCAGUAAUUUGCAAGCAAGGGAAGAGUUUGUUGUACACUACUACUACUGGUUCAAUUUAUCCACCAGGGUGGGGUAAUGACGAGUCCUUGUUGUGUGAUUCUCCAGUUGUGAAGUCUAAUCUGGGCGCGAGCUGUGUGCCACGCUUCAGGAGACAACAAUCUUGCCACAUCGAGUUCAGUUUCAGCAAUUCCAAGAAUAAUAAUAAUCAGCCAAACCUGGACAGUCUCAGAUCCGAGGGGGAAGAUAAUAAGGAAGUGAAAAUCUCUCUUGCACUCGGGAAUUCCCCUAUCCCUAUCCCUAUCCCAGAAAAGGAUUUGGUGAUCAGCAAUGAGUUACACGAAAACCUGCCAUGGCAAUCCCAGGAUUCGCUCUCGGCUAUUCGUGAAACACUGAUGGGGAUCCAGAAUAGCGGCAAGAAACAGGAGUGGCUGCUAAUCCGGGGGAAUGAUAUGGUUGGGAAACGGAGAUUGGCUCGUGUGAUAGCCCAUUCCAUCCUUCUUUCUUCUCAUCUUCUUUGCUUGAACAUGAGAAGAAUAAGGAAAGGAAGCUCCCCCAAUUCCCCUAAUCACACUGAAUCACUUGAAAUGGGGAUAAGGAAUCAUCCCAGAAUUGUUGUUCUCGUGGAGAGCGUUGAUCUGGCCGAUCCUCACUUGCUAAAAUUUCUAGCAAAUAGUCUCCACAACGGAAUUUCUUCUUCUUGCCAUGCCGUGUUCGUCUUAACCAUCAACGACGAUGAUCAGUCUAACCGGGAUAAUGACGAGGAUUACACAAUCCCAAUCCCAAUGAAGCUGCUCAUAAAUGAAACACCAAACAAAGAUCUCAAGCGCAGAGCGGAAUGGGGGGAUAUGGAUUUGCAAAUUAGCAAGAGAAAGAGCCAAAUUAGAAGAACAAACACAAACAAUUUGGCAAUGCCACCUGCCAAGACCCUUGAUCUCAACAUAAAAGCCGAGGACGAGGAUGACGAGGAAGAGGAGGAGGACAAGGCAGCAGGCGACUCGAGCCCCAUUUCAAGCGACCUGACUCGCGACAGCAGCCCGAACGAUCCCUUAGGAUUCCUGGAAACCAUAAAAAACCAGGUGGUUCUCAACAAGGACUCAUCACAAGAACAGAAGGCAAAGGACAUGUUUUCCUCCAGGAUUAAGCAGUCCCUGGAACAAGUCCUGGGAGGAGACAAGAACACGGGCGUGGUGGACGAAAACCUAACAGAGGAGCUUCUGCAGGGCUGCGGGGAUUUCCUCAAUAGCUUGUUUGAGAAAUGGCUGAAAGACGUUCUUCAAACGAGCUUGCAAAACAUGUUGGAUGAUCAUAGGAAAGAGGGUGUAAGUAAUGUUAGGCUUUGUUUGGGAGAGAAAGGGGGGGAUACGUUUUUCCAGGAUGGCUUCAUGGGUACAUGUCUUCCCAAGAAGAUUUGAUUUUUCCAUUAUGCAUUGAUGGAUUAAGAGAUCUCUCUUGUGAAGGAAAUGCAUGCCCAAUGAGCUAGCUAAGCUAAUUAAUGUUCUUUUGUGUAACUACUCUUAAUUAGUUGCUUCCUCAAUGCUAAUAGAAUGUUUGGUUUGCUUUCCUUUAACCUUAAA